ACAGCCCCCCUCUCCUCCCCCUCCCCCUCACUCAAAGUCUCGCGGUGUUUCCGAUCUCAUCUCGCAUCUCAUUAAGUCCGUCUCGCAUUUUUCCCUGGUCCAGAUUAACCCUUCGAUCCAGUUUUCGAUCGCAGCGGGGUUCGGGACGCUGGGUUCGGCUUCUUCCUGUCCACGUCAUCGGAUGUGAACUGGACUCCGAACCGAGCUCCGGUCCGGACGGCAGCGGCUCCAUUGUGCGUCACCCUUUCAGCGAACAUGGCAACCCCCGCCGCGGUCAACCCGUCCGAGAUGGGGAGUGAGCUGCCGGGGGCGGUGGCGAUGCCCGGGGCAGUGGGGUCUGGUCAGGUGAGGAUGGGCGGAGCGGCGCCAGGCCGAGGGGGGAAGAGGAGGUCAGCGGGAAUGGACUUCGAUGAUGAGGAUGGGGAGGGGCCAAGCAAGUUUUCAAGAGAGAACCACAGCGAGAUCGAGCGGCGCCGGCGCAACAAGAUGACCCAGUACAUCACUGAGCUGUCAGACAUGGUUCCCACCUGCAGCGCCUUGGCCCGGAAACCGGACAAGCUGACCAUCCUUCGGAUGGCCGUGUCCCACAUGAAGUCCAUGAGGGGAACCGGCAACACCUCCACCGACGGCGCAUACAAGCCCUCCUUCCUAACAGAGCAGGAGUUGAAGCACCUCAUCCUGGAGGCGGCGGACGGCUUCUUGUUCGUGGUGGCGGCAGAAACAGGACGGGUGAUUUAUGUGUCGGACUCUGUGACCCCGGUUCUGAACCAACCCCAGUCCGAGUGGUUUGGCAGCACCCUGUAUGAGCAGGUCCACCCGGACGACGUGGACAAACUGAGGGAGCAACUGAGCACAUCGGAGAACUCCAUGACAGGGCGCAUCCUGGACCUGAAGACAGGUACGGUGAAGAAGGAGGGCCAGCAGUCAUCCAUGAGGAUGUGCAUGGGAUCCCGGCGCUCCUUUAUCUGCCGCAUGAGGUGUGGUAGUGCCCCCCUGGACCACAUCUCCCUGAACCGUCUGUCCAACAUGAGGAAGAGAUAUAGGAAUGGGCUGGGACCGUCUAAGGAGGGGGAGGCUCAGUACUCCGUGGUUCACUGCACCGGAUACAUCAAAGCCUGGCCCCCAGCAGGUACCUGUGGCAGGUGUGAGCGGGGGGGUCCAUGAGGCGGGAAAAACCAUCGACAAGACAGAGUCGCUCUUCUCCCAGGAGAGGGACCCUCGCUUCGCUGAAAUGUACAGCGCCAUCUCUGGCUCAACAGAGAAGAAGAUGAUGGUUCCGUCCUCCACGGCUGGAGGACAGCAGAUCUACUCCCAGAGUUCUCCAUUCCAGCAGGGUCACACCGGAAAGAGCUUCAGCUCCUCUGUGGUCCAUGUUCCUGGAGUCAACGACAUCCAACCAUCCGGCUCCUCCUCCCAGAACCUGGCUCAGAUCUCCAGACAGCUGAACCCAGGACAGGUGGCGUGGUCGGGGAACCGGCCGCCCUUCUCUGGACAGUCCAGCAAGGCCCAGUCCAGUCCCUUCGGUAUCGGUUCCAGCCACAGCUACCAGACGGACCCCGCCUCCUACAGCCCCCUGUCGUCUCCAGCCACCUCCUCCCCCAGCGGGAACGCCUACUCCGGCCUGACAAACCGCAGCACCGCCUUUGAUGUGUCGGGGGACAGCAGUCAGAGUGGGGGGCAGUUCCAAGGCCGGCCCAGCGAGGUCUGGUCCCAGUGGCAGAACCAGCACCAUUCCCAGCCGGCCGGGGAGCAGCACUCACACACCAACCCCAGCCAGACAGAAGUCUUCCAGGACAUGCUGCCCAUGGCUGGAGAUCCCACACAGGGAGCAGCUAACUACAACAUCGAGGACUUCGCCGACCUCGGCAUGUUCCCCAACUUCUCGGAGUAGCUCCGCCUCCUCCUCGCUGCAUCCACGUCUUCUGUUUUCUGGAUCACAGGAACAUCUCAUCGCCGUCACGAGGAAUCAAAGACCAACAUUUGCUCUUCAUCCACCAACAAACUGGCACUUAUUGGGCGGGGGUUGGGCGGGGGGCGUCCUCGUGGCGGACCGGAUUCACCACAGGAUGGACAGAACCGACUGGAACAGAGAAACUUCAGCUUCAUCGGGCCGGAACGGACCAGAACCAUGUCCGGUCCUUCUCAGGUCUUCAGAGGGGAGGUGUGAAUGUUCUUCGGUCUGGGGGGGGUCUGGUGUUCCUCCAGGUUGAUGGUUGUUCAGAUGCAGUGUCCCUCGCUCUCCUCACCUUCUGCUGGGCCGGACAGAACCGGGCCGAGGAGGUCCGUCAUCCCUCGUUCUCUGAUCUGUAGACGACCAGAUGACGGGAAGAAUUCGGCCUCCUCAUGUCUCCUCCUCAUGUCGUUUCCUCAUGUCGUUUUCUCCUCAUGUCGUCACCUCCCCAUGUCGUCUCCUCCUCAUGUCGUCACCUCCCCAUGUCGUCUCCUCCUCAUGUCACCUCCUCAUGUCGUCUCCUCCUCAUGUCGUCUCCUCCUCAUGUCGUUUUCUCCUCAUGUCGUCACCUCCCCAUGUCGUCUCCUCCUCAUGUCGUUUUCUCCUCAUGUCGUCUCCUCCCCAUGUCGUCACCUCAUGUCGUUUUCUCCUCAUGUCGUCACCUCCCCAUGUCGUCUCCUCCUCAUGUCACCUCCUCAUGUCGUCUCCUCCUCAUGUCGUCUCCUCCUCAUGUCGUUUUCUCCUCAUGUCGUCUCCUCCUCAUGUCGUUUUCUCCUCAUGUCGUCACCUCCCCAUGUCGUCUCCUCCUCAUGUCGUCUCCUCCUCAUGUCGUCACCUCCCCAUGUCGUCUCCUCCUCAUGUCAUUCCUCUUCACCUCCUCUCUGAACCUCCAGAUUCCAGAGCUUCUGUGUUUCUGGUUCAGACCCGUCCGACUCUGUUCUGAACCACUGCGGACCUCUGCUGCCGGCUCCGUCCACUGAGGGGGGGGGGGUUGCACCCUGGUGAAGGGUCGUUGAAUGGGGGGGGUCUUCUUUUGUAAAUAUCCUGUUUUUGUUCUCCUGGUGUUCUGUCAGUGCUCGUUAAGCUCGUUAAGAUGUCUGUAUGUAGUUAGCUGGUUAGUAGCACCUGUAUGAGGUGUGUCAGUGUGACCAACCGUGAUCGUGACAAUAAAGUCUUCAUCCUGCAGA